GCGGAAUUUAUUGCGGUGGAAAACAUCUUACCUUCCACUACGCACUAAGUCCACCGGGGUAGCAAACCCAUUGGGUCGCAUCAGCUCGUGGAGGGUUUUCGUGCUCAAUUGAAAAUGAAGACGAGAUGGACCGGUCUAGGUGGCUCUCAAAUAUGGGUUCUUUUAAAAAUUAUAAAAAGCGUAAUAGAAAUUCCAACCUCUUUAACAGACCACGUGACAAAAAUUUAAACUGAUGUACCAGCAGUGUGUGCACACUUGGCUUUUUCCUAGGAGAAGUGCUGUCGGCGCCUAAUUGGUGCCGGGCCCUGUCUACGUAGCCAUGUCCAAGAAGAUUUAUUGUUUUCCUAUAACUAUAAGAAGUAGAUGUCAGUCACAGUCGGUGUCCAAAUCACGAAUUCUCAUUCCGUGUCCAUUCGCUUAAUUGCCAUGGCUUCUAUCGUAGAAUCUGCUUGGACGUAUCUUAUCACCCAUCGUAAUGACUUUGAAUUGGCAUGUAUUGGGAGUUUCUUGCUUCACGAAAGUGUCUUCUUCUUGUCGGGAUUUCCAUUUAUAUGCUUUGAAUGGGCAGGAUGGCUCAGCAAGUACAAAAUUCAGACUAAAAAUAACACCCCUGCAGAUCGGAAGAAAUGCAUCACUCAACUAGCCCUCUAUCAUCUUUGUGUCAAUUUACCAGUUAUGGUUUUAUCAUAUCCUAUCUUCAGAUACAUGGGGAUGCGAAGUACUCUUCCAUUACCAUCCUGGAAAAUUAUCUCAAUUCAGAUUUUAUUCUACUUUAUCCUGGAGGAUUUCGUUUUCUAUUGGGGACACAGGAUUUUGCAUACAAAAUGGCUUUACAAGCAUGUCCACAGUGUCCAUCAUGAAUAUGCAACACCAUUUGGACUGACUUCUGAAUAUGCUCACCCUGCUGAGAUAUUGUUUCUUGGAUUUGCUACUAUAAUUGGUCCUGCCAUCACUGGUCCCCACCUGAUUACGCUUUGGCUGUGGAUGGUACUUAGAGUCCUUGAGACGGUAGAGGCACAUUGUGGUUAUCAUUUCCCAUGGAGCCUCUCAAACUUCUUGCGUUUAUACGGAGGGUUUGUGCUGAUAUUAUCUUUUGUUCCUAAGAAAUCUGAGGUUUACUUUACCUGUAUGACUGAAAUUUCUUUGUGGUUGCACAGUGCUGAUUUUCAUGACUAUCAUCACCGACUGCUAUACACAAGGAGUGGCAACUACUCAUCCACUUUUGUUUACAUGGACUGGAUAUUCGGUACUGACAAGGGUUACAGAAAGUUGAAGACAUUGAAGAGUAAUGGAGAGGAGGAUGUUGUCAAAGAACCAUGAGAACUUAGGUGAGUUUGAGAGGAAGGUUUUUUGUCUUUUUGAGUCCAAUUGCUGUUGCUAAAUUGCUUAAUUCACUCACUAAACUUGGGACCAAUUUUAAACUAGAGAUCAUCUGAAAAAUGUGUUUUGUUUGACUGCUGCAAAAUUGUGGAAGUCGCAACAAAUACUUUGUGAUUUCAGAAUUCCAAUUUUGGUUUCAAAUAUUAUGUUUCUGUAACUUGUGUUACACAUAAAUAGAGUGCAUCUGUAUACUCUAUGCCACAUCAUUUGGGUUGGCCUAA